UGUUGUUAUACAGACUUCUCUGAUCAAAUGUCUAUUUAGGACUGCUGGCUGCAGCACGAUCUGCCACAAACUCUGGAACAUACUAUCAGAACUCAACUGGGGCUGAUGAUGAAAGUGAAGAAAAAAACAUGAGCAUUGCUUGAUUUAAAGCUUGCUUUCAUUGGUUCCUAUUGGACUCAAAAUAAACACCACAUUAUACAUUUUGUUUCAGGUAAAAUGCUCAUGACUGUACAUUGUUCCCAUAUGUGGUUGCAAACAGUGGCAGCUGAAAAUGGCCUGUUAGAGCACUAGCCCAUUGCCCUCGGCAGGGGGUGGAGGAGGUGACGUAAACCUGUCUUGGCUUACCUGGCUGACAUUGAGCCAGACUGCCUGUCUCAUCUCCAGCACCAUGGACAGCGGACAGGGGAACAGACAGUGCAGCUCACCCCACCCCACCACAUGGCGGAUGUGCCGACAGAUGGUUCAGAGUGGCAGACAAUGCAGACAGGUCGCUUACACCGUGUUCAGGGUUUAUGGGGAGUGAUAAGCCAAAGGCGUUGGGUGCUCUACAACAUGUUAUACAUGCUAUAUAGACAGUCCACUGAGCAGUCAUUUUAUACAUGACGAUGGACAUUUCUGUUGACUUGUCUGUGGUGUGUGUCCGGUGUUUUCCUGGUCUAAGUAUUUAGUUGGAAAUUGGAAAUGAAGCAUCUUCUAAUCCUGAAGGCUACAUUUUAUUCUUUAAAGUGCCCCCCCCCCCCAUUGUAUGUUGUGGAGUUAAAUCUCUCUUGCAGCACAAAGAAAAGCAAGUAUGUGCAUUCUCUGACCCCUUGUAGCUAAGUCAAAUAACCCACACAUUCCCAGAGGAAAGAACCUGAAAGGUAGCCCACUCUGUCAUUCACUUCCCGUUCCUCAGCCACCGCCUGCCUGAGGUGUCUGUCUGCCUGCCUGCCUGUCUGGGACAGUUGUGUCACCACCACUGCUCAGUCAAAAGGAUAGAGUUCACUCUGACCAGCAAGGUUAGACUGGUUCUGACCCCUGACAGACAGCACUGUUUAGGGUAAAGCCAGCAGCACCAUAUUAGUCUACUCAAGACAAUAUUUUGUCUAUCUGACUCUGUAUGCAGAUAGAAGCAGAUACAAUCUGUGUUAUAGUAUGAGUCCUUGGGAAAGGCCAGCUACACAGGCCAAGCCUGUCUGUCCCCGGCCUGUUCUGGGACAUGAAGAUGACAAGGUAAGACUCUAAACAGGGCUGAUUACUAAUGCCUGUUUUGUCUUUAUUUGGAUCAGCAGUGAAGAGGUGGUUGUUAUUGAAUGCUAUUUGUUAUUGUUGGAUUUACCUUGGAUUCGAUCAUAGAAAUUCAUACUGCAUGAAGGGCAUUUGGUUUGUGUGUGUGUGGAGGUCUUAACAAUAAAGAUGUAGGCUUGGCCACUGUGUUUUAGUUAUAUUGCUAUAGUUAACACUGCCUUGUGUGCUCUCAGAGUUGUGUUGCUAUUGAUGUCCACCACAGUGCUUAUGCUCCUAGCUCGGCUCCUUCCAGAGUGGUUUUCCUCUGUGGCAGUCAGUCUAGGGCAGGCUACUAAUGGCAUUUAGCCUGAUCUGGAUUAGACCAGUGGGUGGUCCCUCCAUACUCCUUAGCCUUAGAUACCUCCUACUACUAAAGUUAGAGAAUAAACACCCACCUACAACAACACAGGUCUACUGGUGCACUCCAUCAUGCUGCAGGAAAAACACACCUUUGUUUCCAUUAGAAAAUAAAAAGGGCUAUGUUUUACCUUUGUGCAAUUUUUCCCAGUUGAUCUAGUGUUAUAAGCCAAAAAAUAGUGUGGACAAUGACCCUUUGCCCAAUUACCUCAACUGUACUAUUGGGUAUAACUGCUACACUGCAUUAAGAAAACACUUUAGCCUAUAGCCAUGAACAGAUAAAGGCUGGAGGCUUACUAGUGAGGACUGGUUGUGACUGUAUGCGCAUCUUCAAUAUUAUGGACUGAAGCUGGAAAUCAUAUCACCAUGGAGACUGCAGCUUGUGUAAUGGCAAAAAAAAACAUAUAUGGAUGGUAUAUCAAAGGUGAGAGAAAUACACUGGGUAGCAAUGAAAAGAAAACAGGUAUUUUCUGUCAGCACUGAUAAAAACGUGUUAUGAAACGACCAGUUAUGUAGUCGUGUCUACCCCGAGAUGGCUGACCGUGCCGACGUAGGCUUCAGUAGAACAUACUGUACCACCCACUUCACGCUUGGGGUAUGUAGGAUGAAUCAUAUGAAGGUGGAGAUGGCUCUCCUCCACAUCUCAAAGGAUUCUCCACUCUGGAUGAGCUAGCACACGGUUUGCCUUGAUGUGUAAUUUCCUUUCAAUUAUAAGGUGUGUGUGUGUGUGUGUGUGUGUGUGUGUGUGUGUGUGUGUGUGUGCAUUCGUUUUUUACAGUACAAUUUUGAGAAGUGAGGGCAUGCCGGUCCUCACUUAUAAAAAGGCUGUUUUAGGCUAAGGUUUAGGGUUAGGAAAAAUAUGAUUUUAAAUGGCAAUCAAUUGUUGGUCCCCAAAAAAGUCCUUACAAGUAUAGUAAGACAUAGCUGUGUGUGUGAUUUAAAAACUGAUCCAAUGAUUAAGCAUUUGAUGAUUUAGUACUGUUUUUGACAAUUGCAUUUGUUGAACUAAAUAUCUUUACAAAUGUAAAGUUGUUGUGAAUCAUUAAAUAUUCGAUGUUUAAUGUGGUUAUUUCGAUGGUACCUUCGUGGGAGACUAAAGUGAAGUAGUAAUCAAUAACCUCAGAUGUGUGGUUGCUACUCAGCAGUGUUUCUCUGACUUUCAGUUCCCGGACAGUGAGUCUGACACGUGAGCAUUGAACCAGUGUGGGUGCAUCCCAUUCUCUACAGUAGGCCUGCACGAUGAGAUAAAAUACCGCGAAGACUGAACCCAAGGAUUUGGGGACUUAAGAAAAAGUGGUGUCAUACAGGGGCUAGAGAGAGGCGAUUUGUUGUUGUUUGAGCUUGGUCACAAACUAUCGAUGGAUUUUGUUUUGCUGGAGGAUUUGGCAAAUACUGUACAUGGUUCUAUAGGCUACCAGCAACAUAACGGGUUUACGCGCAAUGUUGAUUCUCAUGCUUGGAAAGUUAUGACUGAGGAGUCUGCGGAGUUGGACAGUUGAAUGAAUUGACAAGUAAUCUAUAUCGGGAGUCCACGGUGUCGCUUGUCGAUGUGAAAUAAACUGUGACCGUAGAAUACCCUAACAGGUGGCUCUCCGACGAUAUGCGCGUCAGGCUAACAACAGCGUGCACACUCGCCAUAAUCUUCGGCUGACAAAGCUUUUUCCAAUAUUACAGUCCGUUCAUUACUAUUCAGCAGCACUACUCUGCAAUUUCCACCGGGCCCCAACGUCGUUUUGAUGCGAAGCGGAAUAUUGGUUUCUGCGUUUACUCGGGAAUAAAAUUGAGCCUGGGAAUGUUUUCAAGCUGUGCGCUCACCUGGACCAAGUAGGAGUGAUUUAUCGAUGAUAAUUGGAAUUCACCCGGGUUAUAAAGCAAUGUUUCCAGAAAUUCAUAUCAAGGCAGGGAGGCCCGACACCUACUCCCAGCAACACAAACUCCAGCCUGAAUGCACACGCCUUGGGUCCAGCCGGGCCUACCAGCAGCAGCAGAACUGUGGCUCGGGCAAAGGCACUCUGCCUAAGCUGGAUGCUAAGCCCUUGGUUGUAAACAAUGCCAAGUACCAUCACCAGUCCGAAAGCAUCCUGCCCCACAUCACCAGCAAGGGGCUGCAAAACACUUGUGAUAGGCAGCUUUCAGGAACCAGGCACCAGGAAAGCUUCCAGGAAGACAGAUUACAGAGCUCCACAGUGGAGAGUCUGCCAGAGUCCAUCAACAGGAAGAACAAUCAGGAGCAGGAGAGGAAUAUUGAGGGACACAAUCUGCCCAUGUCUCCUGCAGAGGUCCUGAAGGCGUUCAAAGAUCGUCUGACGGAGCAUGAGCAGGAGGAGAUCAUGGACUACUCUGAGGUCUGGUACCUGGGCCUGGAUGCCAAGAAGAUGAAGGGUUCCCCCAGCCUGCCACACAACUCUGGCUACGACGAUGAGAGCGGAGGGUAUCUGAAGGUCGCGCAUGACCACAUAGGCUUCCGGUUUGAGGUGCUGGAGGUGAUCGGGAAAGGAUCCUUCGGACAGGUCCUGAAGUGCCUGGAUCACAAGACCACUGAACUUGUCGCCAUCAAGGUCAUUCGCAACAAGAAAAGGUUCCACCACCAGGCCAUGGUGGAGUUGAAGAUCCUGGAUGCGUUGAGAAGGAAGGACAGAGACAACCAACACAACGUCAUUCACAUGAAGGAGCACUUCUACUUCCGGAACCAUCUCUGCAUCUCCUUCGAGCUCCUGGGAGUGAACCUGUACGAACUCCUUAAGAAGAACAACUUCCAGGGCUUCAGCCAGAUCCUGGUGCGCCGCUUUGCCUACUCCCUCCUCAAGUGCCUGCAGAUGCUGCACAAAGAGAAGAUCAUCCACUGUGACCUAAAACCGGAAAACAUUCUUCUGUCACACAAAGGCCAAGGCAACAUCAAGGUCAUUGACUUUGGCUCCAGCUGCUACGAGCAGCAGAGAGUUUACACCUACAUCCAGAGCCGCUUCUACCGUUCCCCAGAGGUGCUCCUGGGCCAUCCCUACAGCAUGGCCAUCGACAUGUGGAGCUUUGGCUGCAUCCUGGCUGAGCUCCUCACUGGCUUCCCCCUCUUUCCUGGGGAGAGUGAGAUGGAGCAGAUUGCCUGCAUCAUGGAGGUACUGGGAAUGCCUCCAACUGAUUUCUUGUCAACAGCGACCAGGAAAAGGCAAUUUUUUGAUUCCAAGGGCAACCCCAGGAACAUCACCAACAGCAAGGGGAGAAAGAGACGGCUCAACUCCAAGGAUCUGGCCAGUGUCCUGAAGACCAACGAUCCUCUCUUUCUGGAUUUCAUCAAACGCUGUCUCACGUGGGACCCUAAGAAGCGCAUGACGCCCGACGAGGCCAUGCAGCAUGAGUGGAUCCAGGAGGCACGCUCCAGCAAGUUUCGGCCCAAGACCCGCACUGUGAGAAGGCCCAACGAGAGCCUCGGCAACGUGGAGAACAACAACAAGAUAGCGCAGAAUAUUUCCCACAAACCAGCCCUUAUCAACAGGAUAGUUGACAAGGCAUUCUCCAGCCCGUUCUCCAACGCCACAGACAGGCCCAAGAGAGAGAACUCUGUGAAGCCGGCGUCCGAUGAGCGCUUGCGACCAAUCGGGGCUUCGGCUGAGGGCCAGAUGGGCGAGGGCAGGACCAAGGGCACCAGGGCUGUUAGCAGCAGCAAGCAGGAGGUACCCAGGGAGAGAUCAGUCCACAUUGUCAUCAGGCCCCCGCUGGAGCACACUGCAGACAGUGACAGUCUGGAGCACCAGCAGGGCCUGUCCCCCAUCACAUAAAGGCCCCAGGGACAGAGGGCUUGAGGCUGGGAGGGGGUUGAGGGGAGGGGGGAUGCAUAGGUCACAUCAGGGUUAAUAUCAGAGGUCAAACGUAAGACACAUAUUAAUAACAUUAAAUGGGGGUCAUGGUUGGAGUAUAUCCUGUUUUGUAGAUGUAGUGGGUUAUCAAUUUGUUAUAUUUGUGCUACACUAUAUAAUUUAUUUCCUUGUCCAAUCACAUGUUUAGUGCUUGGACUCUGUCUAGCUGCAGGAGAUGUCUUUGGAACACAGUCUUUGGUGGGUCUUUUGGUAAUGAGCUGUGUAUCAGCAACAGUUUUUUUAUUUUUAUUUAUUUUGUAUUUUUUAUUUCACCUUUAUUUAACCAGGUAGGCCAGUUGAGAACAAGUUCUCAUUUGCAACUGCGACCUGGCCAAGAUAAAGCAUAGCAGUGUGAG